AUGACAACGCCAGAAGUUGUGAGGGCUGCGAGGCGACUACCCAUACGCACAUCGGUGGAGCGACUCCUGUUGAACGCGUUUAUCGUUUUCCUCGUAACUUUUGUCGUCCGCGCGACGCUCUUCACGUUCCGAUACUCAGUUGAGCCGUACAUCGCUUCCCCGAUUAUUCAACACCCAUCGCUAGUGGACGUUGUAGGGAGGGAGGCCUCCGGGGCAUGGCAUGGUGCUACUCAAUCUGCAUACGUAAGUGGCGGUGGGUUGCAAGUGGAGCGACUCAUGACGCCGCCGCCUGUGCACUUUAGCAUGUCGAUCGCGACGACGGAGGCAUCGACGUGGCGAGAGGUAGUGUACUGGCGCGAACGCGGCUUUGCGAAGGGAACACCCUACUAUCUGCAGGGACUAGCCCUGUGGUACGUACGCUUCAUUCCAGGUGUGCUGGCCAAGCCGCCGGUCACGGGGCUGGUGUUGAGUGCGAUCGACGGGCUGACGGCAGCGCUUAUCUCACGUUGGUCCUCUGCGAGUUCCGCGCUGCUGUAUGGAUUUUUCGUGCUGAAUCCUAUCAUGGUUCUCACCACCACUUCAGAGUCGAUCACCUCCUUCGAGAUGUUCCUGCUGACCGUCACAGUGGACCUCUGCGCUCGACGGGCCACGUCGGUCAUUGCGUACGCCGGUGCGCUCAUUUGCGCCUUUACUCUGGGCAGUCACUUCAUCGCCGUCCCUGUGGUUCUUCUCGCGCCGCUAGGCACACCGUCGUAUUCUAUUGCCUUCGCGGUGGCGGCAGCGCUGACCGCAGGUGUUGGGGUCUAUGCGGUGCUUUAUUUGUACUCUACGGAGGUGUCGCAUCGCUUCGCGUCGCUCUAUGCGCCACCCGACAACGGCGUCAUGUGGUACGUGCGGCAACUCGCCCUUCCCUCCUUUGAGCGCUGUCUCGAGCUCCUCAUGCUGCAGUUAGCGUCGAUGCUGCUCAUUCCUGCAGCCGUCGCGCUUCCAACCGGAUAUUUUCGUCAGCGCUCGUCAUCAUCCGCGCACCAGCAUCUCUUCACGGACGGACGUAUCUUUCUUCUAUUGAUGGCCGAGGGCCUGUCGGUGCUCUUUCGCACUCAGCUUACUCUCCCGUACUGCUUCCUCAUCAUCUUACAUUUUUACUCCUCCCUAAACCCUGCCGCGACCAAGACGGUGACGCUCAAGGACCAGCGAGUGGUGACGUACUCACCGUACACGCGGGCUCGCCUUCUUGUGCCCCUCUUUAUCCAGCUGACAAGCAUUCCUCUGGAGGUGAGCUUUUACACUGGGUGGGUGCUGCGCGAGACGGCCAACGCGAACUGGAAGUUCUUCUCUGAUGUCGCAUUCAUGGUCGGUGCCACAGGCUUCUUUGUGGUUUGGUACGCCGAGGUGGUCGAAGAUGCAGUACUGUGUGAGGGUGACGACGACGCAAACUUGGUGGCUUGCUCCGUGUCGCAGUUGAAGGCUCAUACGGAUGACUGA